UGACAAAAACAAUAACAGUAUAACAAAAUACUACGAGGAUAGUUAUUUUUAGCGAAAAAAAUCCAAGUGUGCAUGGAGUUACAAAGGUAGAGGGAGAGAGGAAAUAAAAUAAAGAAGAAGAAAGAGGGAAAUGUGAGUGUGGCGAGACGUGAGAAAGGGUUGAGAGAGACAGAGGCGAAAGUGGCGGUGCAAUUAGCAAGUACUGUAGUAAAGAGAAAAGACAGUCGUGGGUGGUAUUUGGAGCAGGUGGGACUAAUAAAGCUACCAUUCUGGUUUUGUUGAUUUGGGUUUGGUUUUGAAUGAGAAGCGAAGAGGAGCAAUUAACGAGAUUCAGUGAGUGCCAACAAAAGAGUGUAGUUGUCAUCACACUCUUUCUUCUUCAUCAUCAGUCACCAGUCAAUAGACACGCAUGCAUUCAGCGACCAUUUUUUGAUGAGGACUGAAUAAAAGAUCCAAUUUUCUAUGACGUCGAUCAAAUCAUUGAGAUGGCUCAUGAGAAAAAAGAGUGGCUUGUCUGAUGGGGGCAAGUCAAGUUUCAAGAUCAGACAACUGCCUUUUAUGGCAGUUUUGUGUACAGUUAUGUUGUUCAUUGUGUAUAGAACUACAAAGUAUCAGUAUCACCAAGAAGAGAUUGACAAAAGAUGGAAUUUCUGGGGACAACCAAAGGUGUAUCCUUCAACUUCCGAGAAGUUGAAAGGCUUGCCAAGAGGUAUAAUACAUGCUGAUUCAGAUUUGGAGUUAAGACCACUUUGGUCGAGAAGUGGUUUAAGAUCAAAGGCUAAUGUUUACUCUAAUCGUAACUUGCUGGCAGUACCAGUUGGUAUUAAACAAAAGCAGAAUGUUGAUGUUAUGGUGCAAAAGUUUCUUCGAGAAAACUUCACAAUUAUUUUAUUCCAUUAUGAUGGCACUGUGGAUGGAUGGUGGAAUCUUGGCUGGAGUAGUAAGGCCAUACACAUUGUUGCUCAGAAUCAAACAAAGUGGUGGUUUGCAAAAAGAUUUCUACAUCCGGACAUAGUGUCUAUAUAUGAUUAUAUCUUUCUCUGGGAUGAGGAUCUAGGGGUGGAGCAUUUUUCACCUUCAAGAUAUGUUAAAAUUAUAAAGCAAGAAGGUUUGGAGAUAUCUCAACCAGCUCUUGACCCAAACUCGACAGAGAUACAUCACAGAAUUACAAUUAGAGCUAGAACCAAGAAAUUUCAUAGAAGAGUCUAUGAACGCAGAGGCAGUACAAGGUGUUCAGAUUCGAGCGAGGGACCACCAUGCACUGGGUUUGUGGAAGGUAUGGCUCCAGUUUUCUCUCGAGCUGCCUGGUACUGUACUUGGCAUCUUAUACAGAACGACCUUGUCCAUGGUUGGGGAGUGGAUAUGAAACUAGGAUAUUGUGCACAGGGAGAUCGAACUAAAAAUGUGGGAGUUGUUGAUAGUGAAUAUGUAUUUCACAAAGGAAUACAAACUCUGGGUGGGAGUGGUCACAGAAUGUCGAAGGUUUCAAACCUGCAAAGGACAACUAAGAGGCAAAGUGGAUCAGGAAUUGAUGUGCGAACCGAGAUACGAAGGCAAUCGACAUGGGAAUUUGAAAUCUUCAAAGAACGUUGGAAUGAAGCUAUUUCCCAAGACAAAAGUUGGGUUGACCAAAGACGAAUAAGAAAAAUGCACGACACUAAGCAUGUUACUAUGUAACUCUCUUGGAUAUCUCAAAGUUUCAAUCACAUCAUUACCUUCAUUUUAUUACUAUUAUAGGCAUAAUUAUAAUUAGCUUGUGUAGAUGCGUAAAUUCAUUCAAUUUUGAAAAGAAAAAAGGGCAUGAUUUUGGUUUCACUUUCUUCUCAUCAAUCUUUUCCUUUCCCUCUCCUACCCCAUUAUAUUUUUAAGAUGCGAUUUUAUUAAUUGGAGUUGUUGGCUC